UUUACAAAGGCAACUUAUGAAAAUGUCUCCAGUAGGACUACACAUUUUUUAAAGACAUUUAACUAUAGAAAAUAUUUCGUUGUGCUGAUGUGGUAACAUCUAAAUUAACUGGUUUAAUUCAAGUCAAAAAUAUAAUUUAAAAUAACCGAAUCAACCUGACUGCAUGAGGUUUUAAAGAUUAAUACAUGUAAAAACUGCCUAUUCAUGUUUUAACACUGUAAUGUGAUGGAGGAUUAACGUUGGCCUUGAAAGAUUCUUUGUACCUGAAAAGAGUCUUGUAACACUAAGCCCUUCCUCUGAUCAUGUUUUUGUUGAUUUGUAUUUAUUAAUCUAUUAUUGAUCUGUUUGGUUAACCACAGUGCAAACCUCAAGGAUUUUAAAAUGAACUCCAUCAGAGUGAAACCAAUUUGAAUUCCACUCUCUAGGGAAAUCUCCACUCAUGUUGGUCUUGAUUCAGGUUUUCACUGUGUAGGAGAUCUGGAAAAGCUCUGCUGUCUUAUCUGAAGUAUGCUGGACUACUAUCUCACACAUUUCUCCUCUGCAAAUGACUGACAUCCCCUGAGCAAACAGUCUUAACCUGACCUGUCAGAACAUGAGUACACCUGUAUUGUGUGCAAGCAAAGAGGAAGGACAGGAGAAAGCCCAGUUUGAGAGGAACACAAUUAUCACAGGCCUGAGCUGCUUAUCUCCAGAGAUGCAGCAGAAGCUUUGCUCUUUGCUCUCCAUUUUGACCAUUGUGCCUAGUUGAGUAAAUUUGCUCUCGGCCUAAGGGGAUCUGAGCCCAACCCUGCUUCCAAAAUCUCUCUUGUUUCUCUCUAUAUGUCAGUCUUUAUCUAUCUGUCUGUCAGCCCUUUUUCGGUCUCAUGUUCAUACAACUUCACACUAAAAGACACAAAAUCUUAAUAAACAUUUCUAAAUGAAAGGCGAAGCCAUUUUGGCAAAGAUAAAGAAUACUUCAAUACUUUUGAAAAAUGAAAUACUGAGACAAUAUGUUAAAAAAUGAUCGGGUGGGGCGUGAAGCAUCUACAUGUUUCCAUUGAUCAUGGUAUAAAUAUUGGGGGGGUUGUACUUGCUUGUUUUGACCCCCCUGGAAACUACGCCCCUGUUUAAACCAUUUCAGAACUAAAUUUUGUGAAACUCAAUGAAAGUUUUAGGGGAAAAUGCAUGCCACCACACAGUUAAAUUUAACCUCAGGAUGCUAUUUACUAGAUAACAUUAAAUAGCAAGUUUCAACAACUACAAAAAACUUGUAUUUCCAAUGUCAGAGACCCUACACCCCCUACUAUUGGGUUGUUUGCUGUGCUUUUCUUUCCAGGGCAUUGGUAUGUAGUAUGUUUAGGAAUUCUAAUCUUAUCUGAGUAUCUCCCUACAUUAACAUCUGUUAUGCUGCAAUUACCAUAUACAUUAGUCGACACCUGUUUCACUUAAACCUAUUUAAUUACACCAAUUGUACUGGUUUGUUGUGGGCAAAAACAAAGUCAUCCCCUUUUCAAAGAGGUUUGAUGUUCCGUCACAAUAACCCCAAAUAGUUCAUAGUAAAAAAAAAAAAAAAAAAAAAAAAAACAAUGCAGUGCGCAAAAACGAAAUAUUCCUAAAUGAAUUGUCGCAUUUAAAAUAUUGUAAAAAAUAAAAAAAUAAAAUACGAUUAAAUGCAUUAUAUAUUUUAUUUAUUAAUUGCAAAAAUGCAUUUAUUUAAAAAAAAAAUGCAUUUAAAAGACAGCUAAAAACGCAUCCUAUUUGCAUGUUUUGGCUUGUUUUGAGCGAUGAAUAGCCUAAUUACGGACAGAUAGCCCUUUUUUCACAGACUGUGAUGACGCGUUUCCGCCUUAUAUAUCAGCGUAAAUCUCGCAAUUUUUUUUUAUAUUAUACAUUUUUUAAAAUAUUGAGUAUAAAUUUAUAACAUUAUGCUUUGUGUUAUAUUACCCUGGAAUUAGUUUUAAAAACUGAAUUACCACAGCUGCGAGGGGGUUUCGAUUACAGCUGCUGAGAAAGUGACAGUAAAUUUGGCAUCUUCUCCCAUUUGACUGUUUUAAUCCACCGCUCUCUAUUUUUUUUUAACUCUUCUGGAAAGUCAUUCAAAUGUAAUAGUGGACUUUUUCUUUUGGUCUUGGAGCAAAUGGGCAAAUUAAAAUAAUAUUUUCUGUGAUCUCCCAUUUUCUCCCAUUCACAUCUGUCGAAGUUUACCCUGCAAACGUUUACUUCCGCGUUCCAAAACCCGGAGUGAAAAUGGUCUGUUAGACUACGGAUUUUAUAGUCUGCAUAAAGGUAAAGGUUUUAUAUUUAAUAUUUAUUUGACACAAAAGGGGCCAAAUUUUUAAACAUCUAUUUUAAUAAAUCAGUAACAAUUUAUAAGAACUUCUAUAAUUCUUUAAACGGGUGUGCAGGCUAUUACAGAUCUUAAAUACAUAGGGUACAUCCAUAAAAGGAUCUAAAUGAAAAUUUCACGACAUGCCUAACUUAAACGUUUUUUUAGGCAUUAUAGAAUAAUCUAAUAAUUAUAACAUGCAAAACAUGUUUGUUAAUUCAGUCAAAGUGAAGUGUUACCAAAAAGUCAAACUUUCAAUCCAUGUUUAUUACUAUCUACAAUAGUUUUUUUUUAGCCUACUUCCAAACAUCAAAUCUAUUGCGAAAUCAACUCAGCAAAAGUUAUAACAAAAAAGUAGUUUUAAUUUGUUAAAAUCUCAACACGGCAUUUUUUUUUUUUACCCUUUAAAACGCCUCAGACAUGCACACAUUAGCCUACAGUGUUGCUAAUCAAAUGAUAAUCGCUUGUCAUGUCGUGUUUUGUAUCGGUUUGCUCAGACAAAAAGAUGAAACAGUCUCAGCAAGAUGGCUAAGACGCUAAUGUGCGAGAUUUGAAGGUGUCUUGAUGGCUUUUAGCUGUAUCUGAGUUUUCCAGGUUGAGCUUUUAUCAAUUAUAAAACGUAACCUCUAAACAAAUGUAGGUUAAAUAGCCUACAUUCAUCAAAUAAAAAAAUAUAGCCUAUAUAUAUAUUUAUAUAUAUAUAUUUUGGGUGCUUACAUUUACACAUUUAAUAGAAUCAUUAAUCAGCAUAUAUUUUUAUGUGUUUUUAAUCAUUACAAAAUAUUAUUUUGAUGUACCAACAUCAAAACAUUAACCCCAUUUAAGAGCAUCUCCAGAAAACGUGAAUUUCAAAUGGAGCCCAACUAUUUUCCACUCUCCAGUAGGAUAAGAGUGAGAUAAGCAUCAUGAGUUUAAAGUCUUCUAGGGGCCGUUAAAAGGAACAACUGAGAUUCUCCUUUGAAGGGAUUUAGUCCCAGCAAAAGCCCAGAGAUUUUGAGCUCAGCUGUCAAUCAAUGACACUAGCACCGCCCACUAGUGGGAAUCCACCUAUAAAGACAGCCUUGAACCCGAGGGAUUGACAUUCAAACACCAGAGCUCAGGGAGUAAGGAUGCCUGCAUCGCCAACAGGGUUUGGAAACUUCUUCAUGGACAGAAACAUCAACAUGCCCGCUGGAUAUCAAUUAUUGGGCUGUCCACCUGGAAUGCAACAGCCACCUCCACAUCUGGUGGGCAUGGGUGGGGUGCCCUUACCUUUCUCAGGAAUACCAGGGUACAGCUUCAUCCCUUAUCCUCAUCUGGGACACAUGGCACACAUUAGCAAUUCCUAUGACCUGAAGGCUGCAUCACCUUAUCAUCAAGCCCUUCUCGGUCACGUACGCGGAGGACCCUAUUACACUCCCUAUCGCCCCAUGCCUGCUGAUGACCCCAGCCGGGUCACCAAGAUCGCCACCCGGGAGAGCACCAGCGCUUUGAAGGCCUGGCUCAGCGAGCACCUCAAAAACCCAUAUCCCACCAAAGGCGAGAAGAUCAUGCUUGCCAUCGUCACCAAGAUGAGCCUCACGCAGGUGUCGACGUGGUUCGCCAAUGCCCGACGCCGCCUUAAGAAGGAGAACCGGGUCAGCUGGGCUUCCAAAGGAAAGUCUGAUGAGGAGGAUGACGAAGAGGAGGGUGAGAGCGAAGAGGAAGAGUCCUUGCGGAAGGGCUGCACGGAGGAUGAAGAUGAGAUUGAUCCUCAAACAGUUGAUGAGGAGGAUAUAGAGGUGUCAAAGUCCCUGGAGCAGCGUUUAGCAGAAGGACUAGAAAAGUCUGAAACAUCAGAGAAGUCCGAAACACCAGGUGAAACCAAAAGAGAGGCAUGUAAGCAAAACGCUGAUGUGCAAAAACCCAAAAUCUGGUCUCUUGCGGAAACCGCCACCUCAGAUAAGAAGCCCAACGAGCUGAAACAUCUUCAUAGCCAGAGUCCAGACUUUGGGAAAUGGUGGGAUGGUUGGCCAUCAAGGGACACCUACUCACCUAUAAACCUUUCCACACAUGACCUUCUCAAACAAAGUCAUUGAAACUGUUAAUCCAAGACACUAGACUUAAUUUGCACUUUGAAACUUUUGAAUCAUCUCGAAUCCAAAUGCCUGGUUUAAGAACCAAAGGAGUUAUGUGUAAAUAUUGUACCUUUAUUUUGUUUAAAUUAUAAAUGCAUUUACAUGAUGUGCUGACUUAUUUUUGCUAAAAUAAAAACGUAGAAAAUGUUAUUUGAUUUGGUCAUGGUCAGUGUCAGUGAUGUGGGAAUUUUAAGACGAUAAAAUGCAAAAGAGUCGCAUUCCGUGUUUGUAUGAUUUAAAGAAUUUUAAUGUCAAGAAAUAGCAUGUUUCUUGAAUUUUUGCUUUAAAAAGGUUUUACUGUCUGGAAAUUGCUUUCAUUUAAGCGAUAUUGUUCGAAAGAAAAAAAAACUACAUUGUUCCAGAAAAUAAAAAAUCAUAAUAUGAAGGCUUUUAAAAGGCUGAAUGCACGCAAAGCUUUUGUAAAAUUGCAGCAAAAGCAAUAUGAACAAACAAAACCGUAUUAGUAGUUACGUUAAUUAUUAAUAACAGGAAAACAAUUAUUCCGCCAAGUAAAAUAGUUCUAUAGCCUAGCCUUACUCUGUUUGUCAGUUGCCAAGCAACGUAGAACAUUGGCGCAUUAAUAUCGGAGAAUAUUUCGCAUUAAUAUGGAAUUCAACAAAUGUGUCGUCACCACUAGUCAGAACUCCUUUGAACGCCGCUCAUUAGUAUGUUAAUAGGCUAAUAUCCGAAAUAGCCUAAACAAUUCAGUUCAUUAGCCUAACCGUACGCUAUCUACGGUUGCCAAGCAACGUAGAGAUUUGGCGCAUUAAUAACGAUUCAAUAUGUGCGGUCACAGGUAUCGGCUACUUUACAACGACUUCGAACGCGACAUCAAGUCAGAGUUUAAACUGGGAUCUUUCCGUUUUAUAACAGUAGUUUUAACUCAGUAAACCCUUCAGAAGAAAAUAACUUAACUCUAUAUAUGAUAAUUGCCGUUCAAGAGGAAUUCUCCGAUUUGGCGCGUUUCACUUCAAGGCUGGAUUUAGGCUUCAUGUUAUCAGUGAGGACACUACUAUUAAAGGAUUUGCAUAUCUAGCUCUGAUCUGUAAAAAACAAUCCAAAACAGCGCGGAUUAAGGACAUGAAUGGUUCCGAUUUAAAGUGUGAUAAUUAAGAUUAUUCUCCUGUUUAGUCACGACUUGACAGACUAAAUAAGUGCCGGAGGCCGCUACCUUUACCCUCAUUUAGUACUCAAAGAUAGGUGAUAUGGGAUCAACCCUGAACAAAGUGACUUAUGAGAA